GCACAUUACUUUAAUAAGCAUUUUCUUUUUAUAAUGGAAGAUCCAAAUGAUUUAUUUUUUGAAGAACCUGCAGUAGAAAAUCCACCAGAUAUUUCUGAACCUGUUGCAUCACAGCAUGAGCAACCUCCAGGAAACGAAUUGGAAGACAUACCGCUUGCUACGAAAAAGAAAAGGAAUUUAAAGCCUGUGCCAAAACUUGAUGUAAGUCGAUUAAUGGGUCCCCGUGGGCUGCCUUGUCUUAAUGCUGAAUUUGAAAAUGUAACGUUUCGAGGAAACGGUUACGAAGUAGAAGACUUGGAUUUAUUGAUGUCACAUCUUGAGCAUUGGGCACACAGACUCUAUCCUAGGAUGACAUUCGAUGAUUGUUUGGAGAAAGUGGAAAAACUAGGCCAUAAGAAGGAAAUUCAAACAUGUAUGAAAAAGUUGAGAAUGGAUAUGCCACUUCUGGAUUCAGACCAGCAAACAACAGUAAUUACGGAAGAUGGCCCACAGGGCAACAAUUCUGAAGAUGAAGAUUUAAAUUUUGACAAGGUCAUUGGAGAUAUCCCAUCAGGAUGAAGGGGCAAUAAAGACUAAAUGUCUCACAAAAUGAGUACUCUUAUUUAGAUGGUGCAUAAUCAAUGAAUCUGGAAAGAGAUGGAUAGAAUUGACAAUGGCAAAAAUCAUAGGUUUUUAUGAUCAAUCAUAUUGUCCUACCACACAGAAAAAUUACAUCUAUUUCAUGAGUGGCCAAGCUGUAUUCAUCUGCGAUCAACUGAUUGUCACACAU